AUUUGGAGCAUGUACGUACGUAGAUUUGCCAGCGUGGCAUAAACACUGAGAGGUAACUAGUAAGACAAGCUCGAUGCCAGCACGCGCUUUCUGAUGUUUUGUUCGAUGGAUGAUCUUCAAUCUCCGUCAAGCUCAAAUCUAGACAGUGGCUGUGGCACUAUAAUACUACCGAACGCCUGACAGUCGCUUGCCAGUACCGCUGUUCAGAACGUUCAGAUCCAGAGUCAAAGCACGUUGGAGUUGGUCAAUUGGACCACGACGUUCUGACCAAAGAUGGCCUCGAGGGCAAAUCGACUCAGAGCCCUUGCACUUUAUAAGGAACUCCACCGACUGGGCAGAGAUUAUGAACCUUCAUAUAACUUCCAUGGGAAGCUUAGACGUUUGUUUGAAAAGAACCGGAAUCUCGCUGAUGACGAGGAAAUAGAGAAGGCGCUCAGGUUUGGAGAAUAUAUCAAGAAUGAAACCCUUGCCUUGUACUCGCUCCGCAAGUAUCGACACCUGAAGCGCAUGUAUCCUUCAAAUUCUACAUCCGAUACUUGACGGAUCAGUCAAACACUCUUGGCGUCGGCCGAACUCAUUCCUCUCUUUCAUGACAACAGAUGUUGAAUAGAUUGCCGGGCAUAAUCGUUGCUACAUUGACAACUUUAUGAUUAUGAAUCAUCGUUAUCCUAUCGCACGAGCAGCUGUACACGUAUGGCUGAUUGAACCAUGCAAACUUGACUUAUACUCAUGGAAGAGGUUGCAAAUGCCUCAAUGUUGGGCAGCUUCACAUAUCACCGAUCGACGAUGUACGUUCGUUCAGCGAAAGAAGAGGUAGUACCUUUGGCCCAGAGUUGCAAAUUACAAUGUAGUACAUUCGUUUUCCACUCAUUUCCAUCACCCAAUGUUUCUAAAUGAUGAUUAAUGCAGUAUAUAUUUUGUAUUCAGCGAACUGCACAG